AUGAAGAGAGAGGUAUGCAGAGAGGUAUGCAGAGAGGUAUACGGAGAAGUGUGCAGAGAGGUAUACGGAGAAGUGUGCAAAGAGGUAUACGGAGAAGUGUGCAGAGAGGUAUACGGAGAAGUGUGCAGAGAGGUAUACGGUGAAGUGUGUAGAGAGGUAUACGGAGAAGUGUGCAGAGAGGUAUAUGGAGAAGUGUGCAGAGAGAUGUGCAGAGAGGUAUACGAAGAGAUAUACAGAGAGGUAUACGAAGAGAUAUACAGAGAGGUAUACGAAGAGAUAUAUGGAGAGAUAUACGGAGAGAUAUAUGGAGAGGUAUACGGAGAGGUAUAUAGAUAG